AUGACGGGUCUGGUUCAGGAUUCUCACAGGCUGUCUGUGAAAACAUGGACAGAGGAGGAGAGUGACCGAGCUGAGAGCACACUUAGCAGAGGACAGUCAAUAUGUGACGACACUUCUUCAGAGCUACAGCAAAUGGCAGCCAUUGACAGGAGAGAUGCUGGUUCCCAGAAUUCCUUUCGGGCCCGAGGGGCUCUGUCCAGGAUAGUCAGUAUGGUGAUGACCCUGAGAGAAUGGGCGCAGAAGAGUUUGGCUGAGGAGACGGAGCGACCGGAUUCUUUCCUGGAGCGGUUCAGAGGCCCUGCUAACAUGGACAUACAGGCGCCGCCCAGCAGGUUCAGCCACAGCCGUACCGGCUCAGAUGCAGAUCACGAAAUCAGACGCUCCAGACGCACGAGAAAAAAGUGUAAUAUUGUGGUUUUAUCUCCAUCUGAUGACGCGUACUAUUACUGGCUGAUGGUGAUUGGUGCUGCAGCCUUUUACAACUGGACCCUGCUAGUUGCCAGGGCUUGUUUCGAUGAACUCCAGAUGAGAAAUGUGCUCAUCUGGCAAGUGCUGGACUACACCUGUGAUGGAGUCUAUAUCCUGGAUAUUGCUGUUCGGCUUCACACAGGUUUCUUGGAUCAAGGCUUGAUGAUCAAAGAUGUGCGCCGUCUGAGAGAAACCUACAUUCGAACGUUACAGUGUCAGUUUGACAUCUGCUCCAUUCUUCCAACUGACCUCUUGUACCUGAUUGUUGGAAUCGGCUACACUCCGCUUCUUCGAUUCAACAGACUGCUGCGCCUGCCACGUCUCUUUGAGUUCUUUGAGCGUACAGAAACACGAACGGGCUACCCCAAUGCUUUCCGCAUCUGUAAACUGAUUCUGUACAUCCUGGUCAUAAUCCAUUGGAAUGCCUGCGGAUACUACAGCUUCUCCAAAAUCCUGGGACUGGGCUCUGACUCAUGGGUUUAUCCCAAUGCGUCUGACCCUGAGUUCGGCACCUUGUCACGAAGUUAUAUAUACUGCCUAUACUGGUCGACCAUGACGCUGACCACUAUAGGAGAAACUCCUCCACCCGUUAGAGAUGAAGAAUAUCUGUUCCUGAUAUUUGACUUUCUGGUUGGUGUUCUGAUAUUUGCCUCCAUUGUGGGUAAUGUUGGAUCCAUGAUUUCUAAUAUGAAUGCAACAAGAGCAACCUUUCAAACACGUGUAGAUGGACUCAAACACUACAUGCACUUCAGACAUGUCAGCAAGGUGCUGGAGCAGCGUGUCAUCCGCUGGUUUGACUACCUUUGGACCAAUCAGAAGACAAUUGAUGAACAAGAAGUCCUCAAGAGUCUGCCUAAUAAACUGAGAGCUGAGAUAGCUAUCAAUGUUCACCUGGACACACUUAAGAAGGUGCGUAUCUUCCAGGACUGUGAGGCAGGCCUCCUUGUAGAAUUGGUGUUAAAACUCCGACCGCAAGUUUUCAGUCCUGGAGACUACAUCUGUAGAAAGACGUGUUUGGCCCGUCUGCAGAGUGAAUUCAACUCAUCCCAGCUUCGACUGAAACAGCGAAUAACGGCCCUGGAAAGCAGCAUCCCCACAGCAGCAACUGGCAGCGGCUUCCUGUCAGAUGCUGACGGCAAUGAGAGUAUUUCUGGUGGUGACAGUCCAAGCAUCAUAGAGACCCUCAUUCUGGCCACUUUCCAGCGUCCCUGGCUCUGGGGUCUCUAUGUCUUUGUUGUUGGACUCCCCAUCGUUCUCUUCAUAAGCUUCAUGUGGCCAGACAAGAGGUUUGGUCCCCCUGAUCAACCAUAUUACUAUAAGAAGAGUGAUGAGGAUCAAUCAGAUGACCUUGAGCUCUCACCACCAAGGAAAUCGAUAGAAAAAGAUUCAUGCACCAGAGCAAGAACCUCAGAACAGGAAACCCAACAAACUCACAAGAACCUGCUGAGAAGAAAGGCCAAGGAAUGA